CCUCACACGCGUCACCUUACCUCUAAUAUUCCCAAGACUUUGCCGACAACUAGCCUAUAACACGACAACGACACGACUUCCCCACCACCACCACCGUCACCAUCUCAACACUCGCAGUCCAAUUACUACACGCAAAAAAACCGGUCGCACAACUAGUCCCGAACAAAAAACACGCGAUGGCGAAGGUUGUGGAGGAACAACUUUCCUGGCUAAGCAAGCCCUCGACGGGGUACGAUUUGUUUAGCACGCCCUCAACAUUCACACCCUCGACCCCCUCCGAUUCUACCUCCGGUGUGUCUCCAAAACGAUUGAUCGCGACUCGAGGCUCGGAGAUCUUUGUUGGCCGCGGAAACAAGGUGCGAUGUGCAGACCUUCAGGAUCUCAAGGCGAGGCACCCGGGUCUCGAUGUGGUCGCAGAGGAGGCGAAGAAGGUGGGACACAGGGAAUACAAGGCUUUGAAUAUCCCGCAGAUCGACUUCGAGAUUAGACAACUCGAGAUCAGCCAAGAUGAUUUGUACCUGGCGAUCGUCGGAGAGAAGGAGGUGGCCGUCUGUGUGCUUCCUGGAGAGGGGUUCCUUAAACGGGAUGCAGCCAGACCGGUGGUGCCACACUUCCAUCGGAUCGGCAGAGGCCACCACAAUGUCGAUACCGGCGCGAGGAUAGUGCGAGUUCUGUGGCAUCCUCUGAGCGUCGAGGGCGCUUCCUUGAUCGUUCUGACGGCGGAUGGUUAUGUCCGAACCUACGACUUCCUCAUCGGCAACGACCUAUCGUUCGAGGUACCUGACCAGUCUCUAGAUCUGUACGCGCUGGGCGGCCGAAAGCGCCAUGUCGGUGGUUUCGCAGCAGAUUCGGACGAGAUGGAGCCGGCGGCGUGUUGCUUCGGCUCGGGCGAACAGAGCUGGCGGCCACUCACGCUCUACAUAUUGAUGCGAAGUGGUGACAUGUACUCGCUCAGUCCGAUUGUUCCGAGUCGCUGGGAUGCUCCACAGGGUUACAUUCAGAGAUUAUCACUCGAGAUCACCGCCGAACAAUCUUUCGAUGAGCAGACUACGCCGGAAGCGAAAGUUACGAAUCGGCAUCAGACCAAGUGGAUCAAUGAUGUCCUGAAUCAGCGGCAGAAUAUUGUCAAUGCGCAAACCUCGUUUGAUACGCCGAAAGGACUCACCCCGACGUGCUUGAUGAGGCCAACGGUGGUUGGGCCAACUCCAGUUCUGCAAGGCCCGUUCCUGUUCGAACCUGCACCUCCGGAACCGAUGGGUGAUGACCUUCCUGCUGCCUGCGACAUUUUCCAUCUGGAGGUGGGGCCAAUCGGUGUUAUUGGAAUCAUCUACUCGAAUGGGAAGCUUGACAUUUGUCUGGAAGAAGAACCGAUCACGGCCAAGUGGAUUGGCAAGAAGGGGAUGAAGUCACUGGAGACUCAGAAUCUCCCCAUGAUCUCACACUACGAAACCGUAAACCUCCCAUUCAACGCCGGCGAGGGAUCGAAACACAGCAGUUGGCCGACUUUCACGAGGGACCCGCACUCGGCGCAGAUGUUGUUCGUCAAUAGUAUUAUUGGCGUAACCCUCUUCUCGAUGAAGGGCUGGCUGAGCAAGCUCGAGGCUGUUCUCGACGACCAAGAAGACGAUGACUUCCUCGUGAAGACACUUCAGAAAGCACCGCGUACGCAGAUUCAGGAAAUCUGCGCGACUCCAGGCUUUCCGGUGGAGGGCUGCACCGUGCUCUACGAAGCCUACAUCGGCUACAUUAUCAUCGCCAAACUUCCCGACGGCUUCUCAAGCAAGGCAUUCGAUGAACCGGACUCCUUCUUGCCGUUCGAAGACUCGAAUGAUACCAUUACACUACAGCCUUCCUCCCGCCGGUUCGCCGAGUACACCGAGACCUCUUUCAACUCCUCACGCUUCGGCCAAUCAGAAUCUUCCUUCUCGAUGAGCACAAAGUCUCAGUCACAAAGGAAGUCGGCACCCCCAAUUCCCGUACCACAACCACUCAAUAUCCUGCAGCCACCCUAUAAGCCCAGCCCCAAAUUCACCAAGCCUUCGAAUCUUCCCGGGUUCCUCCACAGCAUAUCCAGAGAUGCCAAAAAGCCAAUCGUCUUCACAGCCGAAACCCUCAGGCACCUCGAAAACGCCCGCGACACACUCUCAACCGAGUUUUCGGCCCUCAUGACCGGCGCCCAGGAGAUGUACGACCGCGCAGCCGCUCAGCGACUGGAAUACAGCAAGCAGCUUGAGGCGCUGCACAACAUCCACGCGCGGCUAUCUACCAUCAAGACCCGCAACGUCAGCGAGCGAGUCGAGGCCUUCAUCACCCGGCAGGAGGAGAUGCAGAAGCGCGCGGACGCACUGCUGAAACGGCUCAUCACCGAGAGCGAGGUCGGCUUGUCCGACGCGGAGAAGAAGUGGGCGAAGGAGGUCGACCGCAUCUCGGAGCGUGUGGCGGGCGGCGAUGGGCUCGGCGCUCUCGGCAGUCGUACCCUGCGCGUGGGCGACUUGGUGGAGGAUUUGGUCGUCGCAGCGGAUGAGGCUGUGGACAGUGAGAGUGUGCAUGAUCCUGUGCCCGCGGAGAUCCGCGAGGGGAAGCUGGGCAUGUUGAUGGGUUUGCUGGAGAGAGAGGGAGUAUUGGUCGAGUCGACCAGAAAGAAACUUGAGGCACUCAUUAUUGAGUGCGAUAGGCCGUGAUUUGUAUUUAGCUAAUGGAUAUGCGUGAUGGAAUUUCACGUUGAUGAAUUGAGACGAUGCACUCGUUCAGGGCAUCUUAUUGCCGAUGGCUGGGAAGAUGUAUAGUAGCGUAACUUGAUGCUUGAUGCUCGGAGAGAGAGCAUCAUUUAUUUUUGCAUUGGCAUGUCUAAACUAUGGGGACCUCAAA